AAGUGGGAAGAAAAAUAAACUCAUUUCAAAACAUCGCUAUUGCACGUGUUCCAAAAGUAGAUUUUAUUUCGGAUUUUACGCUUAUUUUAACAGAAAAUUUUAAUAAAAUUAAAUAAAUCAAAAUGCAGCACGAUGAUGUUGUUUGGAGCAUCAUCAAUAAAACAUUUUGCUCACACAAAGUCAAAACUGAUACCCGUACCUUUUGUCGCCAUGAAUACAACAUAACGGGUAUGUGCACCAGACGUACCUGUCCUCUGGCCAAUUCACAAUAUGCUACUGUGCGCGAGGAGAAGGGUAUCAUCUAUUUGUACAUGAAAACAGCCGAAAGAGCUCACAUGCCUAGCAAAAUGUGGGAACGUGUUAAACUGUCGAGAAACUUUGAAAAGGCCAUACAACAGAUCAAUGAAAAUCUAGUAUUUUGGCCCAAAUAUAUGAUAGCCAAAAAUAAACAGAGAUUUUUGAAAAUCACCCAAUACUUGAUACGUAUGCGUAAAUUGAAGCUGAGACGUCAAAAGUUAAUAGUUCCCUUGUCAACUAAGAUCGAACGCAGAGAGACGAGAAGAGAACAAAAGGCUUUGGUGGCGGCCAAGAUUGAAAAUCAUAUUGAAAAGGAACUUAUGGAACGUUUGAAGCGUGGCACCUAUCAAGAUAUUUACAAUUUCUCUCAAACCGCUUUCAACAAGGCUUUGGCGGCCGAAGAAAUCGAAGACGAGGAGGAUGAAGAAGAUAUGGAAGAGGAGCAAGAGUUGGAACACGAAAUGGAUGAUGAAAGUGAAGCUAAGGAGUUGAGAAGAGAACUUCUGGAUGAAGAAUUUGUGGAGGCUGAUUCGGAGGAGGAGAUCGAAGACGAUGAUGAGGAGGGUGAUUAUGAUGGUGCCUCAAGUGAUUCGGGUGAAAGAGAAGAAGUGGAAGUUGAUAGUGAUUUUGAGGCAUCAGAUAAUGAGGAAGGUGAUGGCUCUGACAUUGAGGAUACCGCUGCUGGAGCAUUUGUACGAGCUCCCCUCAAAGCACCUAGCAAAACGAAAUCAUCAGCCACCACCGCUGCAGCCGGCUCUAAGAGUAAAUCCAAAUCAAAUGGUGUUGCUGCCGUGUCCGCUGGUAAAACGAAAAGACGUGUUAAAAAACCUAAAGUCGAAAUUGAAUAUGAAAUGGAAACCGAAACAGACCGGCAAAGGCUACAUAACUGAGGUAGUAGUUAUUAAAUAUUUUAUCACUAACGUUUGUAUAAUAUAUAUAAAAUUAAAGCAAUUAAAACAUCAACAACAAUCCAAACAUUUAAUUAUUUACUUGUUUUCUUUUUUUAUAUGAUUUAAUUUGAAUUAUUACAAAACGUGUAUGCAUUCAAAAUAGAUUUUUAUUAUACUCUUAAUUUUUUUUUAUUUUAACUAGAAAGAAUAAAAUUACCAACAAAAAACUACAAUAAACAAUAAAAAAAAAAUCACAAAACUCAUAAAAUAAUAA